AUAUUAGCAUUUUGGUACAAGAAUGGAAAAGAGAUGAAAAUAUUUUGAGUGAUGAUGGAGAGAUCAUCACAGAAAUUUUUAUCAGGGUUGUCACUGAUAGGUUGUAUAUAUCAGAAUGGGAUAUUAUAAAAGCAUUAAAUCAUAAUAAUAAUCAAUUACUAAAUUUUGAUGAUAAAU